GAACCUUGAUACCGAAUGUCUACCGUCCGCCUAGCUUCUCACUUCAACAAAGCAAAAAACCAUGUCGAGCAUGAGGUUGGUGGACCACCUCUUGUUUUCCGAUUUCCGGCUGCUUGGACCAGGACAUUCAUCACGGUCACAGUCGUCUUUUGCUUCGUCCCUGACUCUCUCACGAAAUACAACUACGAGCAAUUGCAAUUACAAUGAGGACGACGCUUUCCAUCAGCAAGCAACAAGGAGAAGAACAUCAUCAUUUACACCUUCUACGAAAGCAGCUAAAGAGACCUCUCUGCAAAAAGUAGAGGAUCCAGACGUUUCGGAAUCAGCUGAUAGUCUACAAGCGGUAGCGAAGAAAGCGCGGAAGCUGAUAGAUGUGGCGCAUAAAACGCGAGAGAAUGACGCGAAGAAUCGCAGUGUCAGAUCAGCAGUGGAGGAAGCGAUAAUUAUGUUGAAAAGAAAUUUUAGUUUUGGGUUAUCACUCCACCGAAAUACUGAUCUUAGAAAGUCCUAGGCUCAUCUUAUUAUUAUUCACUUUUAUUUUUAAGUGGUCUUAGUCGUAGACGUUUGAUAUUGUAAUUUUGCUCUGCUCGUACGUCUAGCUUCUUUUGAUUAGUGUGGCGGAAUGCAGAUGUUUCUUAUAAUGAGAUGACUUCAGUGGAAGGCGAAAGACGGAAAAACGCAAAUUGCAUGACUUGUGUUCCUAGAACGUUCCGUCGGCGGAAAAACUUCAGUAGAGUCUACUAGGCGAAUAAUGGCGACAACGCGACGCAUCUAGUACGCGCCCGCUGGAGUCAGGCCACUGCCUUCCACUUUGCUCGCGCUGUCCAACCGGGCUGAGGGUGUGCGCAAUCGCUAGAACUACAACGCGGGCGCCCCGCGGUAGGGUUGACUUUUGGGGGGUGCUGCCCAUCCCCCAACUCAUCGAACCUCCGCAGGCCUCGAUUGACACGCGCCGGGCCGCGUCUGUAGCGGCGCCCUUGUGCUGGACCGGUGCGCCGGCUCCCGUGCUGCCCCUGGCGCGGCGGUUCCAUUGUGUGGCGGCGGCGGGUGCGUAGACGGUGUCACGCGGCGUGGCGCACGCGCCUGGUCAUGGUAUGGGCCGGACGGGGUGGCCGUGCAGUGCUUCUUCGCGCCGGGGUGGAUACGUGGAUGCGCCGUGAGGCACGCAGACAGCCACAGGGUGCUGCCCCGCACCCCAGGCCUUGGGGCCGAUUUGCCUAAGCCGUGACCAGCAAGGGAGCGGCAAGUCUCAGGAAAAUCUCAGUUCUGAGACUGAAAAAAGUCUGGCGUUCGAGCUCGAACGCCAGGAUUUGAGAACCUUCGACGACGACCAUGGCCAAUUUCUGGGACUGUUCAAAAGUCUGGCGUUCGAGUGGAACCCCAGAGGUUUUUCCUGUCCAAACACUGACGCAGCAGGGGCCACUCGUUCGGUCUGUGGACAGGAAAACACCCUGGCGUUCGACUCGAACGCCAGACUUUUGCCCUCUCUCAGAAAUCUAAGGAGCCUAGCAUCAGGGGUUUUGAAGUCCUGGCGUUCGAGCUCGAACGCCAGACUUUUUGCAGGCGCGGGACUGAGAAUUCAACUGUCGGAGUUGAGGGGGUGCCUCCCUCAGGCUUGGAAGUUGGUGGCGCAGGCUCUGUUCUGUGUUUGUGCGGGAUGCAAUGGGCGGCCCAUUGUUGGGCUCAAGCUCUUCCAAGGUCGCUUUGCGUAGCAGUCGGCCUCUCAUUGUCGUCCAGGGUUGGGGAGCUGAAUUUCUUUGCGGCGUAGCGCGCUUGUUUCUGCUUGCUCGGGGAAUGGGAGUAGCUGCUGGAGGGGUACGCGCCGUCCUGACUGCUGGCCGUGUGCUCUGGGGUUCGGGGAUUAUGCUAAGGGCCACAUGCUGAGGGGGCUCUUUAUCGUGUGGCGCGCUGACGCUCACCGGGGGGGGGCGUCGGCAUCUUGAUCCCUCUGCAGCCUUGGCGUCUUGUUAGGGUGUGCAGCACCGUCCAUGGGGUCCCUGCCAUGCCCCUUCGGGCCUUGUUGGUCUGGUUAGUUUCGGCUGGACGGUUCUAGUUUCCGAUGUUUGAAGGUAAAAACUCCCCGGUUGAUAUGACUGAAGUUUUUCCGCCGAAAUUAGGUGCUACUCCACGAGUCAUGGCAAAUUGUUUAGUAGACUAUUUGUUUCUACUUUGUCCGUCGUGUAAAUCCAUCUUCUAAUCCCAACUCCCUUUCUGUCCUAUCCGGCGCCGCGCAAAAGCUGGUGGAUGACGUGCAGGCCCAUGUUAUCGCGAUGCGUGCAGGGGAGAAACCUAGGAAUAUCCAAGAUUUAUCAACUUUUGAAACCUUAGUCCCACAGACAGCUUCUACGAAGUAAGAUGGACAGCUUCUACGAAGUAGUAAGGUCAUAGAUCGUAUGAGUUGGGUGAAGACUAAGAAGUCUUUUUGAUGUUGUCAAGAGUAAGUGUAUCAGGC